UUGUUCAGUUUAGCUAAACCUAGUCUGAGUAGCCAAUUUUUAUUACUUGUGGGUUACUCGGAUAGUAGUACUAGAGGAAUUUAUUAUUCAAUUAAUUGUGAAAGAAAAGUUUUGUAACGGAGAAAAAGAUAAAUAUUGUUUUGUUUAGUUUUAAAUUAAUGUUUCAUCAGACUUACAAUAUUAUUCGAACCAUUUUUACAAGUGACUAAACUAUUUCUCAACUAAGUCUGCCUUUGGACUUUUGCAGUUUUGGUAACUUACUAACUACAAAAGUUUUAUUAAUUUACCAUAGUUAGGCCCAACGUAUGUUACGUGUCACUGUCAGUCAUGUAUGUAUAGGGGUACUUUUGAAAUUGUGAAGAGUGUGGACAAGUUCGAAACUAAAGUAAAUUAAUCUGGAGAAUAUAUUAUCUUUGUUAUAAUAGUUCUGUUAAAAGAUUAAAAUUAGAUUUUGAAAAUUGGGUCCAAUGACUUGUUUUUUUUUUAACAAAACGAAAGACCUAAAAUAUAAAAUUAAGGUUGCAAAACACUGAAGACGUGUAUUUGAACUUGAAGUUGAACUAGUUUAUAUUUUGCAGUUAAAAUUUAAGCUAUUAAAGGCAGAUUUAGGUUACCGCUUUAUCAAAUUGAACUCGAAGAACCUAAUAUUAGUAACAAGUGGCAUUGAUAUAAGCUUAGUGAUAAACUAAUACUGAAAUUCGAGUGGGAAGAUCUGUGACAGUGUGAAAAAGAAUGCAAGCAAUAAAGUGUGUAGUCGUGGGGGACGGGGCUGUUGGUAAAACAUGUCUUCUGAUCAGUUACACAACUAAUGCCUUCCCUGGUGAAUAUAUUCCUACAGUAUUCGAUAACUACUCAGCAAAUGUAAUGGUGGAUGGAAAGCCAAUUAACCUGGGCCUUUGGGAUACAGCAGGCCAGGAAGAUUAUGAUAGAUUACGACCUCUUUCCUACCCACAGACUGAUGUUUUCCUCAUCUGUUUCUCUCUAGUAAAUCCUGCAUCUUUUGAAAAUGUCAGAGCAAAGUGGUACCCUGAAGUGAGUCACCACUGUCCAAAUACUCCUAUUAUUUUGGUUGGUACUAAGUUAGACUUGCGGGAAGAUAAGGAGACCAUUGACAAGUUAAAAGAUCGUAAACUGGCACCAAUUACCUACCCUCAAGGUCUGGCCAUGGCCAAAGAAAUAGGGGCAGUAAAAUACCUUGAGUGCUCAGCUCUAACACAAAAAGGAUUGAAAAAUGUGUUUGAUGAGGCCAUUCGAGCUGUGCUUUGUCCACAACCAAAGCCAAAGAAAAAGAAACAUUGCUCUCUGCUCUAAGUUUUUUAAAUAUUCUACAGCUUGUUUAAAUUUUACUGUUUUUUAUUUUACUCUGGCCUAAUUGCACAGGUUAUUUCCUGCUCUGUUGGUUGUUGAAUACUUGUUUUGUUAUUAACAACUGCCACUUGGUCACAAAUAUAAUGGUUGUACUACCAUUGUCUGUAGGGCUUUCAUAACUUAAGAAGCUAGAUCCUAUAGCAUUUUGAUGAAGAUAAAGUUAUGAUAUUGUACAUGAGAUGUUGCACUCAUGCAUAGAAAUGUCAAGGAAAACCUGGUAGAAUUUAUUACAGAACACAGUUUAUACUAACCUGCAACAAAUUGUCAUUUGUUAAAAAUUAUCAGGAAAAAUAAAUAAGGUACUACGAGAGAGAAAAAUAGCUUUUAGAAAUUUUUUUCUAAGGAUAAAAAAAAUUAUUAAUGAAGAAGAGACUGUCUAAUAUCAGUGCCUUGUUUGUUCUCCUUUUGUAUUUAGAUGACUUGCUAAAUUCAAAAUAAAUUUGUUUCGUUCACAAUACAAAUUAGUUGAAAAAAAUGACAUACACCCAGGAAAAGUUUGAAUGGAAUCAUUUCAGAGAAAGGACAGAUUUUUACUUCUUUUACAAACAAUUACUUUGUUGAAGAAGUGUCAGUGAAAAUGUAGAAAUAGAAGCAUAGAAUGAGUUGCUGUAUAAAUUUGAUCUUACUUUGUCUCGGUAGAAUGUAAGAUUUUAAGAAAAAGUGUAUGAUAUUAUAGUAUAUUUGAACCCCAAACUCAUGAAACAUACACUUAACUUGUGACAAAAAUAAUUAUUAAAAUAUACCCUUUGUUAUUUAAAGAAAGUACAGGUCACUUAGUGUAAAACAUACUAAUAGUUUUAUCAGAUAAGCUGAUAACUGAGAAAAUGUCUUCCAGUCAUUAUGACUGAUUACAGAAGGGCCUGAUACUAGCCUUAUCAAAUACAUUUUUUAAACUUUUAUAAGAUCUUUAAGUUACCUAAUAAAUAAUGUAUCCAGGACUAAUAUAAAUUAGAUCAGGCAUUUUACUAAAGACCAUAACUAUAUUGGAUACCAUUAAUUUUUGUUUAUAUAAAGGUUCACAAAUUGGAUGAACAUUAAAAGUUUUAACUUUACUGGUUAGUCUAAUGAUAAUAAAUGCACUGGUUAUUACUGAAAAUCUGGAAGAUGUGGUUUGUCAUUUAUAAGAGUUAAAUGCUUACAUUACUUUUUUUAUAUUAUUUUCCGAGUGUGCAAAUGUCGAUGAAUUACUUCAAGACAGUCAAUUUAUAACUUAUUUCCAAAUGGUACAACUUAAAACAUUUUCCAAGAGAAAGCCAUUCUUGUACUAGGAUGCCUUCAGAACUUAAUUUUUUAAGGUGAAAAUUGUUUUGUAAGAGAUUUUUUAUAAGGACUAAACAGAGAGUAGCAUAGUAACAUUCAUUUUAAUAUUUAGCCAUGAUUAGAAUUAAGAAUAAGCAUUCAUGUCCUCAGAUUUGAUAAGUCUUAAGUUGUUGCUCGUGCAUUGAUGGUGUAUGUAACACAAGCAUACAUUAUGAACAAUUGCUUCUUUAAAAAAUGUUACAUAUAAGCUAACAGUAAACAACUGUACAUUACACAGCUAGAAGGAUUGGUAAGACAGACAACACUACAGUAAGUUUAUCUAUAGUCCACCUUCUCCCCCUGAAUAAUUUCAAAACAUUUAAAAUAUAUUAUUCUUAGUGUAACUUACCAACAUGCAGAUCUGUGUCUUGCUUUGGGCUGGCUCAUUCUUCAUUCAAAGGGUAUUUCUGUGUGCUCAAUAAACAAGUUAUUGUGUGCUAGUUUCAGCUUUUGUCUUAUGUUGUGUACUGUUAAUUAAUGUCUAGUAAAA